AUGCAACUCAGCCACGUGGCUGAGUGUCAACUAAGAUUCUGCACCACGAUCACCAUGACCCCCUGCCACCAGCAACUCCUUAUCCCCGUGCGCUGUGUGCCUUUCUCUUUCCCAUCUCCCCCAUCCUCUUCCCCUCCACUCACUCCAGACCCGCUUCCCCUCCCUCCUGCCCUUGCGGAGACUGCCGCGGAUGCAGACGCGGCGGCGGCGGCAGCGGCGGCGGCGUUGGCGGACGCGUGCUCGCAGGAGCUGGGCGGAGCGGACCUGAACACGGUGAUCGCCGUGGCGUGCGUCGUGCAGCUCAUCGCGCUCAUCGGCGCGGGCGUCGGAGGGUGGAUGGCGAGAGUGCGCAAGGCGGAAGUUGAGCGGAUCAACGCGCAGCUGAGGCAGAUCAACAUCAGCCUGCGCAAGCAGGCGCGCGUCGAGUCCUACGCACCCUCCCUCUCCUACGCCCCCGUCGGGCAGCCCGCCGCCGCCGCCGCUGCCGCCGCCGCCGCCGCUGCUGUCGCCGCUGUGAGCGCGCCAACAGAGGCCGCGGAGGCUGUAAAGAAGGAGGGGGGGGCGGUGAUUUCGGAGGAGAAGCGGGCGGUGCUGCGGCUGCUGAAGGAGGGGAAGAGGUACCUGCGCGAGGGGAACAACGCGGCGGCGUUUGUGGAGUUUGAGAAGGGGCUGCAGCAGGCGCAGCGCAUGGGGGAUUGCCUGGAGGAGAAGAAGGCGGCGCGUGGCUGUGGAGCGUCCCUGCAGCGGCAGGGCAAGUAUCGGGAGGCGAUAGCAUACCACCAGAGGGUGCUGGACAAGUCGUGCAGCUCAGGCGAGCACGCGGGGGACACAGAGGCUUAUGGCGCCAUCGCUGACUGCUACACUGAGAUCGGGGACCUUGAGAAUGCCGCUAAGUACUAUGACCGGUACAUAUCCCGAAUGGAGUCUGACGAUGAAUCUUGA